AUGGACUGCACUUCACCGUCGAUGCUUAUCGGCGCUAACUGGCCCAAGGAGAUUUUAGUUAAUUCGUUUUCACUUGAUGACAAUUCAAUCUCACAACGUGACUUUAGCCACUUGGAUCAUCGUAAUGGCACGCGUAAUGUUUACAAGUUUGGUGGCACAUCCGUAGGGAGUCCUGCACGACUUUGUGGUCUUGUACGCAUCGUUCGCGAAGAGCGACAGCGAGUUCUGGCAAUUGUCGUGUCAGCAAUGGGCUGCACAACUGAUUAUCUGUUGGAGGCUGUGGCAUUUGCAGCCAAGGGUGACGCUGAUAGCGCAUUGAAAGUCGUGGACAAGAUACAGACGUUGACAAUCACGAAUGCGCAUGAUACGCAAAAGCAGCUCGAGGUAGAAAAUAUUGUGGACUUAAGUGAGGUAAUCCUCAGCCACUUUAAGUCUUUACGCGAGCUGUUAUUCGGUAUCUCUUUGCUUCAAGAGCAGACAGUAGCAGCGACUGAUACGGUAUUAUCGUUUGGUGAACGGAUCAGUGCCACAAUUGUCGCUAAAUUGUUGACUCAAGCUGGUGUUGAAGCCUUUUUUCUAGAUGCUCGAGAUUGGUUGACUACAGAUGACACACAUGGCUGUGCUAAGGUUUGUUUUGACGAGUCAAAAGAGAAGUUAUUAGCGCUCAAGAUGCAGUGGAAGUCUGGAACGUUGCCAAUCAUUACCGGAUUUAUUGGUACCACUCGUACUGGACGCACGACAACGUUAGGACGCAAUGGAUCUGACUACACUGCCACCUUAGUUGGCUCAAUUUUACGCGCUGACUACGUGCUUAUCAAUACAGACAUUUCGGGUGUGAUGACAGCAGAUCCUCAGAUUGUGGACCGAGCUACGGCACUCUCUCAUUUGAACCACCACGAAGCUUUAGAGCUCGCUGUGUACGGAACACGCAUGUUUCAUCCACGUACCAUGGUGCCGCUUAUAAAAAGCGACGUCACCAUGUUGAUUCGCAAUACGAUGGACCCGAACGGCCAUGGUACGUAUAUCAGUGGUAUUGGCCGCUCUGGCAUCCGCGAAACGUGCACUACGUCGUUGGAAAAUCUGGCAAUCAUUGAAGCUAGGACACGCAUCCUGCAGGAUGGAAGUAAUAUUCUUCACCAGGAAAAUAUUGGUGCUCGCAUCACGAAAGUUCUUGAAAAGCUUAAAGUUCCUGUGUGGCUUUCUAUUCGUGGCGCGCAUGGACAAGCAAUAAGUGUUGUAGUACCGUUAGGUGCUGAGAAAUUGGCUUGUACUGCCAUUACUGCCGAAUUAAAGACUGAGAUUGAGUCGCACGAAGUUGAUGCACUGAAUUCUGAGUCGCCUAUGACGAUGCUCUCUGUCGUGGCUGAAGACUUGUCCAAGAUUCCGUACAAUCAAACCAAGUUCUUUGGAGCUCUCGCAGAUGCUGGUAUUGAGGUGUUAGCCGUAGGGCAGGGCACAAGCUCACGUUCGCUCAGCUGUGUGAUUCGUGGUACCGAUACAAAAUUGGCAGUACGUCGUGUGCAUGACGCUUUUAAUGUCGACUUUCUUGUUACCAACAUCGUAUUGCUGGGCUACAAUCACAUCGCAUUGGGCGUUGUCCAGCAAUUACAGAAACAACAAGAACUAUACCGCUAUCAGCACAAGGCUCGCAUCAAUAUCGUUGGCUUUAGCUCAAACUGCACCAGUUUCAUGUACAAUCCUAAAGGCUUUACUUUCCGAGAGGUUUUAAUGCAUCUGGCAAAUUGCAAUAGUACAAAAAGCAUCGUGUCUACCAGUGCAACAAGUCCAUACGCUGCCGCUCCGUCGCUGAUGCAGCUGGACGAGUUGCAGGACUUGGCUAUUCCUAUCUUACUUGAUUGUUCUGGACAAGGCAAUACACAAGAUCUGUAUUCAGCUUGCAUUGAGCGCGGUAUCCACGUUGUUGCUUCCAAUGCACGCUCAGUCUGUCGUCUGCCUCGUACCUCAUCUCGAGAAAGUCUGGCUACUUCACGCACCAAGACUGGUCGUACAUUCUUCAUGUACACGUCAACAAUCGGCGCUAGUCUUCCUGUGAUUGACACACUAGGCAACAUUUUGCGUACUGGGGAUCGAAUUCUCAAUAUUGAGACAUCAUUGAGCGGCUCUAUGAACUUUGUCACCAAUGAGGUGAUGCAAGGCAGAAAACUUUCCGAAGCUGUAGGUCAAGUACUUCGAAAGGGAUACUGCGAGCGUGACCCUCGUGAGGAUUUCACAGGGACAGAUAUGGCUGCCAAAGUUGUUGUCGUGGCACGCGCGCUUGGAGUGCACAUUGACCCGAGUAAUGUUCAUCUUAAGCCUUUGAUUCCCCAAAGUGUGCUUGAAACCAUCUCCUGGUCUGAAGAUAUCGAAGUCGACGAUGUUGUUACCAAACUUAAAGCUUAUGACAGCAUUUUCCACGAAAAAUACUACAUUCCGGCUGCAGCAGAGAAUAAGCGUCUUCGCUACGUUGCAUCGAUCAAUUUGUCGAAAUUUCCAUCGAUAGAAGCCAAAGUGCAGCCUUUACUCGUGAGUGAAGACCAUCCCGCUUUCAGCACAAAAGAUAAUGAAAUCGCAUUUGGUGUCUCAUCACUGCAGUAUUCUACCCCUUUGGUUCUCAAAGGAACUGGCACCGGUGCCACAGCUAGUGCUACCGGUGUCCUUCGUGAUGUCCUCACGAUCCUGAAUUCGCUCAACGGCAAAAACCUUUAUGCUCAAUAA